GAAAUUAAGGUAGGCAAAAAUAAGUUCACAUAUUCCCCCUCUAUAAGUCUGAAGAAAUUAAUUAAGAUGUGGAGCAGAGGGAAUUCCAGGCGGCGGCGCAACGCCGCCGCCGUUGUUUUGUUGAAUUUCUUGGUUGUGUUGCAGCUCUACUGCUCUUCAAUGGUGCCGGUAGUAAUGGCGGCCAAAGGCUCCAAGGUGGAGCAUAUCCCUGGACUUGAAUAUGACGGGCCGCUCCCUUUUGAGAUUGAAACCGGGUACAUAGGAGUUGGAGAAAAUGAAGAAGUGCAAGUUUUCUACUAUUUUAUAAAGUCCCAAAGAGAUCCUACCACUGAUCCUUUCAUAUUCUGGAAAGUUGGAGGCCCAGGUUGCUCUGCUUUGUUCGCAAUUAUACUAGAAAUGGGUCCGAUUUCAUUGGAGAUUGUGGAAUAUACUGGGGGUAUACCUAAAUUAAAAUUAAAUCCUUACUCAUGGACAAAGGUCGCAAACAUAUUGUAUGUUGAUUUACCGGCAAGAGCUGGAUUCACUUAUGCAACCACCAAAAAGGCUAAUGUCUCAAGCAAUAUGCAAGAAAGUGAGCAAGCCUAUGAAUUUUUGCGCAAGUGGUUCAAUGAUUAUCCAGAAUACUUAACCAAUCCUUUUUAUGUUGGCGGAGAUUCAUUUUCUGGACUUAAUGUGCCAAUAAUUACUCGAAAGAUAGCUGAUGGGAAUGAAGCUGGGACUAAACCAUUGAUUAACCUCAAGGGUUAUAUACUUGGCAAUCCGGUUACAUCUCUUAAUAAUCUACACGAGUACACUAUCCCAACUGCUUAUGGAAUGAACCUUAUUCCUACGGAUUUGUACAAGUCACUGGAGAAAAACUGUGAAGGAAAUUAUGAUCAUUUCAGCAAUGAACUUUGUGCGCGGGAUAUGGGCACACUUACUCAGUUGCUCAUGGGUAUAAAUCCAACUCAUGUUCUAGAGGAUUUCUGCAUACGUGUCGGUGCUGGAUCAGAUGGUCUAAGAAGAAUCCUUUCUCGAAGAAUACCUCCUUUACCUCCGGGUGAAUUCUGUUGGCAAACGUUUUGGUACCUUAGAACAGACAUGUGGGCAAACAUUGCAGCUGUUCAAGAUGCCUUCCAUGUUCGAAGGGGAACAAUUGGAAGAUGGUGUGCAUGCAAUUAUACAAAUAUUGGCUACAUAUCAGAUAUGACAGACGCUCUUCCCUAUCAUGCAAAUCUUAGCGCCAGAGGUUUAAGGGCCCUUGUUUACAGUGGUGACCACGAUUUAGUAGUGCCAACAAUGGCAACUGAAGCAUGGAUAACUCUGUUGAAUUACUCGACUGUUGACAAUUGGAGACCAUGGGUUGUAGAUGAUGGUAUUAUAGCUGGUUAUACGAGAAGUUACUCCAACAAUAUGACAUUUGCCACUCUGAAGGGAUCGGGUCACAUUGCUCCAUUUUUCACUCCUUAUGAAUGUUUGACUAUGUUUGAGCGAUGGACAUCUGGUCAAAAGCUCUAAAUUUGAGUCUCGAUAAUUUUCAUUUCUAAACUUUCAAUCAGCCAACAAUGGGAUAUUUGUUGAGGAGCUCUAAAAUUGAAUUUCCAUGAUUUACAUUCUGUACUUCGAAUGAAUUGAAUAAAAGUUUAUGUAAUAAAAAAACAAACUAUUUGUCUUUA